AAAAAAGGCAGCGCUCACACAGCAGCUGGGAGCUUAUCCCAGGUCUCAGCUCCGGGAGAGACCUGCUGAGGCACUGGGAAAAUAAAAGUGGAUCUGUCUUUGCCAACAUGGUUAAGAAGAGGGAGGAAAAACCCUUUCCCUAGCAUCAACUCCCAAUCAGCAGACUACAGUGUUGAGAUGUUUUCACACGUUUUUAAGGGAAGGUUUGUGCUCAUGGUCAAGACAUAAAGAUGGUGGCUGAUUUCCACACUGACUAUAUCACGUCCUUCAACAAUAUAGAUAUCUCCUUCUGAUGAAACUCCGAAUCUUGCCUUGCUGACCAUCCCGGGCUCUGUUGGCCUAGAACCUCGCUGCAAUGUGGAGCUGCAUCCAAGGCAACUUUGGACCCAACAGUACACUCUGCAGAGAUGACCUUUGCCACAGUGUUGGCCUGAUCCUAUCUGUUGCUUCGAUGGCCUACCUCAUUGUUUGCUUCCCCCUAGGCCUUAUCUUCAACGCUUUGGUUCUCGUUGUCAACCUUCGUCACAAGUUGUCCAUCAACAUGCCAGAUGUCUACUUCACCAACAUGGCAUUGGCUGGCUUGAUCCUUAACAUGGUGGCCUUUCUGCAGCUUCUGGGCCCUGACCACCUCCUCUGGCCAGUGUGGACCUUUGGCCGAGAGCUCUGCAUGGCUUCAUUCAUCUUGUUCAACAUGGCAGCCUUGGUUAGCAUCUACUCUGCCACUUUGCUCAGCCUGGACUGUUUCAUUGAACAAGCUUUGCCUCACACCUAUAUGUCGAGCGUCUACAACACGAAGCACGUCUGCAGUUUUGUGUGGGGUGGCGCAGCCCUGGCCAGCUUCUCCUCCCUCCUCUUUUACGUCUGCAGCAAGAUUUCCGAAGAAAUCAACGACUGCUCAAAGCUCCAGACCAAGGAGCUGGGUGACGCUAUCAUGUUCCUUACUGGACUUGUGGUUCCCACCGCAGGAGUGAGCUACGCCUUCCGGCUAAUUCUCUGCCCCCGUAAAACCCACCUGUUUCAGCUUGCGGAAUCCUCGAGGCUUGACCCUUCCAUCCAGAGGCUUCUCCUGGCUACGGUCUUGGUGCAGUUUGCCCUCUGGCUGCCAUACUACUUGACCCUUUUGGUGAGCACCGCCCAUUUUGUCACUAGGGCAAGGGACGACAUGCGGUUUGCAAACUUGCUUCACUUCUUGAGGGGGGUGUGUGAACUGCUCGCCUACUUGAGCACUUGUGCGGUGCCCAUGGUAUACAAAUGCUUUCAAAAAACCUUCAACACUAGGCUUAGGCUGGUGAUUCAGGACAUGCAAUGUGGACUAAAGGGAUGUCUGGGCAUCCAACGCCAGGUACACCAGCAACAUGUUGCAACAGUUUCCAGGGCAGAACUGCCCCUGGAGUGAAAGUUCCAGCUGCUUGUGGAGACCUUCAAUGUUUCUGCCCAAUAAUUGACAUUAACAUCCCCAAUUCCAAUUCAACAGCAGGAGAUACUGGAACAUGACUGAAUCGAACUCUCCAGAAUCACUGCUCCCCACAGUGUCUAUGAUUAAACCCUAAUGGCCCAUCAACUGCAGAAAGAACUUGCCUUUAACUAGCACCUCCACUGAGCUCAGGAUCCCAAAGUGCUUCACCGCCAAUGAGGUAUUUCAGGAUACAGUCAUUGUCAUUUCUGUAGGAAACCAGGGCGAUUAAUGUGCACAUCAGAGGCAGCAUUAAGAUUGCUGACCAGUUAGAUCAUCUUUUUGCUGGUAUUGGAUGAGGAUUGGAUGUUGGUUUUGACUCCUGAAGAACUCCCCACUCUACUUUUAAUAAUCAGCAAGUUGUUUUAUAACCACUUGCACAGGUAGGUGGGGUUUUGAACAGAGGGACAGGAGGAAGCCAUUUAGCCCCUUGAGCCUGUUCUGCCAAUCAACAAGAUCAUGGCUGAUCCAUCUCCUACUCUGUCUACUCGCCAUGGCUCCAUAACCAUAAAUACUUUAAAAAGCUCACUUUUGAAAUUUCCAAUUGACACCCAGCAUCAUUGUGUUAGGAAGUGCUUCCUGACAUCACCCCUGAAUGGGCUGGCUCUCAUUUUAAGAUUAUGUCCCCUUGCUCUGCGUCCCACCAGAGGAAAUAGUUCCUCUACCUACCAUUUUAAUCAUCUUAAACACCUUGAGAUGAGAUCACUCUUUAAUCUACUAUUCUUAAGGGAAUACAAGUCUCAUCUUGUAACCUGUUUUCAUAAUUAUUUAAUUUUAACAUCUGAAAGACUGCACUCCCUACAUUAGUACUUUGGUUCUGCACUGAAGUCAGUUCAGAUUAUGUUCUCCAGGCCUGGAAUUGCCUUGAACCUAUGACUUCUCCUUCAGAGGCUAGAGUAUAUCAGCUGAUCUAAGCCUGCACUUUUGCAUGUCCAUACUUGGAUCUAUCGACUCAGGUUUAAUUCUAAAAUCAAAAGGCUUGUCGCUUGUUCAUCUCUAAUGGAAGAGUUCUAAAACUGACCAAAAGAGGAUUGACACAAACUAUUAAAGUGCCAUGUUAGUAACUAUUUCAUUUCUCUGGGUCAGAAGGUUGUGAGUUCAAACUCUGCCAUGGACUCAAACAAAGAUCUGGACUGACACUGCAGUGCAGUACUGAGGGGUUGCUGCAUUGUCAGAGAUGCCAUCUCUCACACAUAUCGCCAAGGCCCUGUCCACUUGACCGGUGGAUGUAAAAAUGGUUCCACAAUUCAGAGAGCAGGGAAUUAACCUGGUAUUCUGGUCAACAUUCUUGAUUUAUCCAAUACUAGUAAAACAGAUUAUCUGGUCAUUCAUUGUUUGUAGCACAUUGGUUACAAAGCACUUUACAAUGUACUGGGGGAUAUGGCAAGACAUGCUUUAAAAAUCCACCUUUUUGAAGUGUGACUGGGGGGAGGUUUGUAUCAGGAAGCUAUGCAUGACCUUAGUUACAUUUUAAAUUUAUGAUCCCUGGUUCACUUUCCCCAUAGGGAGAGGUUGAGUAGACUGGGUCCAGAUUCUCUGGAGUUUAGAAGAAUGAGAAGUGGUCUCAUUGAAAUAUAAAAUUCUUAGAGGGCUUGACAGGGUAGUUAUUGAGGGGCUGGGGAAUGCAAAAUUAAACAAUGACUAUUUAGAUGAAAAACUUGCAUUUCUAUAGCACCUUUCACAAAGCACUUUACAGCCAAUGAAAUAUUUUUGAAGUGUAGUUGCUGUUGUGAUAUAGGUAACAUGGCAGACAAUUUGCACACAGCAAGAUCCCACAAACAGCAAUAUGAUAAUGACCAGAUAAUCUAUUUUAAGUGAUGUUGGUUGAGGGAUGAAAAUUAGAUUGGACGCCGGGGGUAACACCCCAGUUCUUCUUCAAAAUAGUGCCAUGGGAUCUUUUAUGUCCCCUGAGAGGACCUUGGUUUAAUGUCUCAUCCAAAUGACGGCACCUCUGACAGUGUAGCACUUCCUCUGUACUGCACUGGAGCUGACACUGCUCUGUAAGACACUGGUUGGUCACCAAAAAAAGGAGACCAGAAAAGAGGAGAAAUAUACCCUAAUUAAUACCUCCCACAAACACUGCUGAAUGAAACAAAAUUCCUGACUGUUGCUUAUACUUAGCAUGUAAUAGAUAACCAUUGAGGCUCUUUACAAACAGUGCACAAACUCUUUAAGACUGUAUAAUCUAUUAUUUCAUGUGUAAUGUUCCAGCAUCUUCAGAUAACAAUGGACAAGUUUCUCAAAAGGAAAUGUACAGCUUGAUGUGUUAUAUGAAUAAAUGUGUAUUUAACAUUGA